CUCCCACUCAAACCCGCGGCGCCUCCUCUCUUGGUUACCAGCCGCAGCCGCAGCCGCAGCCGCCUAGGCCUCCUCCCGUCGUCAACGCCGCCUGGGGGAUUCCGGUCCUGCCCCUCUCCUUCUCGCCCUCUACACCAGGUCGGGGGCCGCCGCCUGCGGGCGCCUUCGACCUCCUACGGCUGCCGGAAUCUGGUGUGGCGCCGCCGCCGCCGCCGCAUUGGUGCAGGAAGCACUCGUCGCCGCCGCCGCGUCGUCAUUAAUGGCGAGGCAUCGCCGGGUAGUACUAGAACCUUAAUCCAUGCUAUUCAAUAUCCCAUACUGCAACUCACAAGCUCCUGCUGCCGCCACCGCCGUCGCAGCUAUCUCCAGCCUCCGGUUCUCCUCCACCUCGCCGGCGUUGAUUCCUUCGACGCCUCCUCUGCCCGAGGAGAACCCAUUCGCCGCACUCCUCGCCUCUGAUCCCCCACCGCCGGAGCCUCUCCGCCAGGUGCUCGCCACGGGCGACGUCCACGUCACGCUCCGCGGCCUCCCGGGCCUCGCGCGCCAGCUGUUCCGGUGGGCGGAGACCACAACGCGCGGCUUCCCCCGCUCCGCCGCCACGUUCGCCGCCGUCCUCGUCCCGCUCGCCGAAGCCAACCACAUCCGAGCCGCCUACCCCGUCUCCCUCCGCGCCCUCCACCUCGGUCUCCUCCUCCCCGUCGUGUCCCUCCUCCUCUCUUCCACUCCCCUCUCUCGCUCCCAUCGAUCCCUACUCAGCCUCCUCCUACGCUUGUCCACCAAUCACUCGACGGAAUGCGAAGCCCACGACGCCACGGGCACGCCCACCACCUGUUCGACGCUGUGCCUCGCUGCCUUCCGUGAGAUGGCGCGCCACGGCGUGGCCCCUGACGUCAAGGAUUGCAACCGUGUGCUGCGCUCUCUGCGUGACGCGGCCAGGUGGGACGACGUUUGGGCUGUGCAUGCAGAGAUGCUCCAGCUUGGGGUUGAGCCGAGCAUUGUCACGUACAAUACGUUGCUGGAUUCAUACUUCAAGGAGGGAAAGAGGGAUGAGGCUGACAUGCUGCUGAGGGAGAUGAAGACACAGGGGACUGGUUGCUUGCCAAACGAUGUCACUUACAAUGUGGUGAUUAGUUGGUUGGCCAGGAAAGGUGAGCUGGAGAAGGCAGCAGAGCUGGUUGACUUCUUGCGGCUAUCCAAGAAAGCUUCAUCCUUCACUUAUAACCCACUUAUCACUGGGUUGUUUGCAAAGGGUUUUGUCAGAAAGGUUGAAGCUUUGCAGUUGGAGAUGGAGAAUGAAAGUAUUAUGCCUACAGUGGUGACAUACAAUGCAAUGAUUCAUGGGCUGCUUAAAAGUAGGCAGGUGGAGGCUGCGCAGGUGAAGUUUGUGGAAAUGAGGGCGAUGGGCUUGCUGCCAGACUUGAUCACGUACAAUUCGUUGAUAAAUGGAUAUUGUAAGGCAGGUAAUUUGAAGGAGGCAUUUUGGUUGCUUGGUGAUUUGAGGCGUGCAGGGUUAGUACCAACAAUUUCAACAUAUAAUAUUAUUAUAGAUGGUUAUUGUAGAUUAGGUGAUUUAGAGGAAGCUAGGAGAUUCAAAGAAGAAAUGGUAGAGCAGGGCUGUUUGCCCGAUGUUUGUACAUAUACGAUUCUCAUGAAUGGUUCAUGUAAGGUGAGGAAUGUUGCUAUGGCAAGAGAGUUCUUUGAUGAGAUGCUGAGCAAAGGUUUGCAGCCAGAUUGCUUUGCCUAUAAUACAAGGAUUUGCGCCGAGCUAACACUAGGGGCUACUUCCAAGGCUUUGCAGUUGAGGGAGGUGAUGAUGUUGAAAGGAAUAUCUUCUGAUACCGUCACAUACAAUAUUCUUAUUGAUGGACUGUCCAAGACUGGUAACCUGAAAGAUGCCUAUGAUCUGUGGGUGAAGAUGGUCGGUGAUGGUUUACAGCCUGACUGUAUCACAUACACCUGCUUGAUUCAUGCGUACUGUGAGAGUGGACUCCUAAGGGAAGCAAGGAAUUUUUUUAAGAGCAUGGUCUCAAGUGGUUUGCCACCCUCAGCUGUGACCUACACCGUUUUUAUUCACACAUAUUGUAGAAGAGGAAAUCUUUAUUCAGCAUAUGGUUGGUUCCGGAAGAUGCUGGAGGAAGGAGUUGAACCUAAUGAAGUAACAUAUAAUGUGCUCAUACAUGCACUAUGCAGGAUGGGCAGAACUGACUUGGCUUAUCAUCAUUUUCAUGAGAUGCUGGAUAGGGGAUUGGCGCCAAACAAAUACACAUAUACUUUGUUGAUAGAUGGGAACUGUAAAGAAGGCAACUGGGUGGAUGCAAUAAGAUUUUAUUUUGAAAUGCAUCAGAAUGGUAUUCAUCCAGAUUAUUGCACACAUAAUGCCUUGUUUAAGGGAUUUGAUGAAGGCCACAUGCAUCAUGCAAUUGAGUACUUGGAGAAUGUUGUUUUGGGUGAAUAGAAUUGGUCUCUGUGAAAU